UCCAGUCAAGUGAGCACAACACUCAGUAGAAUGAAUUUGGAGUAGUUUGUAGACUAGGCUUAACGACGAUGCAUUACUUCUGCUCUUCUUCCUUCGCCCUUUAGCUAAGAUUUUCCGAUUUCUUCUUGGAGCAGAAAUCUAGGUUUCUGAGAUUUCUGAUUAAUCCAAUUCAUCAUUUUUUUAUGCAGUAAAUAAUCAACCUUUUGGCUUCGGUCUUUCUUUUUCCCAUCUUAAUUUCUGUAAGAAGGCAUCAAUCCAUCUAAUCCUUGCCGAAAACGCAGUUUCUCCCAUGGCGAACGUCUCUGUCGCCGCGGAGUGGCAGCUCCUGUACAACCGGUAUUAUCGGAAGCCUGAAAUCUACCCUAUGAGAUGGAAGCACAUCGACCUUAGUCGCAACAAAGUUGCUUGUGCCCCUUUCGGCGGUCCCGUCGCCGUGAUCCGUGAUGACUCCAAGAUCGUCCAGCUCUAUGCUGAGUCCGCUCUUCGCAAGCUUCGAAUUUUCAACUCCGCUGGCGUUCAGUUAUCGGAAACCGUGUGGAAGAACCCCGGCGGCCGCCUUAUUGGCAUGGCUUGGACUGAUGAUCAAAUCCUUGUCUGCGUCGUGCAGGAUGGCACAAUUUAUCGGUAUAAUAUUCAUGCCGAGCUUUUGGAACCGAACAUUUCGCUGGGCAAGGAGUGUUUCGAGCAGAAUGUGGUAGAAUGUGUGUUUUGGGGCAACGGGAUGGUGUGUAUUACUGAGGCGAAUCAAUUGUUCUGUAUUGCAGACUUCAAAAACCCAAAAGCCACUAAGCUUGCAGACCCCGCAAUUCCGGAGUUGCCACAUUGUAUGGCAGUGAUCGAGCCUCAGUACACAAUGUCUGGAAACGUGGAGGUACUACUUGGAGUGGAUGAUGCUGUUGUUUUGUCUGUGGAGGAAGAUGCAGUGCAGCAAUUAGGAGUCGAGGUGUUGCGGGGCCCCUUGCAGAAGAUGGUAGUGUCACGUGAUGGGAAGUGGCUGGCUUCGUUUACUCAUGACGGCCGACUUUUGGUCACUACUUCGGACCUGACUGGCGUUAUCAUCGAGAGGGAAUGUGAGUCGGCGCUUCCUCCAGGGCAGCUUGCUUGGUGUGGAAUGGACGCUGUGCUGCUUUACUGGGAUGACAUACUUUUAAUGAUGGGUCCUGAUGGAGAUCCGGUUCGCUACUUUUAUGAUGAACCUAUAAUUCUCAUACCUGAGUGUGAUGGAGUGAGGAUAUUGUCUAACACUAGUAUGGAGUUUCUUCAGCGGGUCCCUGAUUCCACUGUUUCAAUAUUUACGAUUGGAAGCACAUCACCUGCAGCUUUACUAUAUGAUGCCCUGGAUCAUUUUGACAGGCGAAGUGCUAAGGCAGAUGAAAAUUUGAGAUUGAUAAGAUCGUCCCUUCCUGAGGCUGUCGAAGCAUGUGUUGAUGCUGCUGGUCAUGAGUUUGAUGUUUUGCGGCAGCGGACUCUCUUAAGAGCAGCCAGUUAUGGCCAAGCUUUCUGCAGCAAUUUUCAACGUGAUCGUAUUCCAGAGAUGUGUAAAAUUCUACGAGUCUUGAAUGCAGUUCGCAGCCCAGAGAUUGGCAUUCCUCUCAGUAUUCAACAGUAUAAGUUGCUCACGCCAUCUGUCCUGAUUGGGCGCUUGAUUAAUGCUUAUCAACAUCUGCUUGCUUUGCGGAUAUCAGAAUAUCUUGGAAUGAAUCAAGAAGUGGUGAUAAUGCACUGGGCAUGUUCAAAGAUAACAUCAUCAUUGACUAUUCCUGACGCCACACUUCUUGAAAUUCUGCUUGAUAAGUUAAAAAUGUGCAAAGGCAUAUCCUAUGCUGCAGUGGCUGCCCAUGCAGACAAGAAUGGCCGCCGAAAAUUAGCAGCCAUGCUUGUUGAACAUGAACCACGCUCUUCUAAACAGGUUCCUCUCUUGUUAAGCAUAGGAGAAGAAGAUACAGCCUUGACAAAGGCAACUGACAGUGGCGACACAGACCUUGUUUAUCUUGUCCUCUUCCACAUAUGGCAAAAGAGGCAACCUUUGGAAUUCUUUGGAACAAUACAAGCCAGACCAUUAGCACGUGACUUGUUUAUAACUUAUGCACAGUACUAUAAACAUGAAUUUCUGAAGGACUUCUACUUAUCGACAGGACAACUUCAAGAUGUGGCUUUUCUGCUGUGGAAAGAAUCAUGGGAGCUAGAGAAAAACCCCAUGGCAAGCAAAGGGUCUCCACUUCAUGGCCCUCGUAUAAAACUUAUUGACAAGGCACAGAAUCUCUUUGCAGAAACAAAGGAACAUGUUUUUGAAUCAAAGGCAGCUGAAGAGCAUGCAAAACUGUUAAGAAUACAGCAUGAAUUAGAAGUGAGCACAAAGCAAGCCAUUUUUGUAGAUUCAAGUAUAAGUGAUACAAUCCGUACGUGUAUUGUAUUGGGAAAUCACCGAGCCGCAAUGAAAGUGAAAACAGAAUUUAAGGUGUCUGAAAAGAGAUGGUAUUGGCUGAAAGUCUUUGCUUUAGCUACCAUCAAAGAUUGGGCUGCACUGGAAAAAUUUUCAAAGGAGAAGAAACCACCAAUUGGUUACAGGCCAUUUGUGGAGGCAUGCAUUGAAGCAGAUGAAAAGGCAGAAGCUUUGAAAUAUAUCCCAAAACUUGCAGAUCCUCGAGAAAGAGCUGAGUUUUGCUUAAUCCUUUCUGCAAUCUUGGACAGUCAUAUGCACGAAUUGGCAUGGCAAAGGAAGCCGCGGACGCUGCUUCUCAGGCUAAAGAUGGUGAAUUACUCGGUCGUUUGAAAUUGACUUUUUCACAAAAUGCGGCAGCGUCAUCAAUCUUUGAUACUCUCCGAGAUCGGUUGUCUUUUCAAGGCGCCUCAUAAUUUUCUUUUCUCAGGUUUUUCUGUUCCAGCCUUCGGUUUGAGUCUCAGUGUGUGUAUAUUCCCUUUGAAAAUGAAAUCAUCUGACAGUAGUGAGAGGCAGAUGAGGUGAGAUGCUCUAUAUUUUCUUAUCCUCUUGAUGUUCCAAGAAUCCAUUCUGUAAUUUUUUUUCCCUGCUUCGUUUACCGGCAGCCUAACAAUCAAUGCAUUUUGUGAAUGAGAAGUGAUAACAGUUGAGUUUGGUUAUUGUAAAUUAUCAAUUUGUGUUAAGUUUUUGGAGAUUUGUCUGUCAAAUA